CUGUCUCUGCCCCGGAUGCCGAUGAGCUGGCACCAAAGGCAGCGAUUUCCCAACCGGCACGUGAGAACAAGCCACCAGCCUACCCCCAGCCCCCACCCCGACGUGCCGCCGAGGAGACGGGACGGGCCGCAGGAGCCUCCCCGGGCCGCCGGGAAGCCCAGCACCAUGAUGCCACCGGGCCGCAUCCUGCCACCGCUGCUGCUGCUGCUGCUGGCGCUCAGCGCCGUCACCCCGUGCACCCCCCAGCCCAACGCCACCCGUUUCGUCUGCACGGAGCCCACCCUGAGCACCUUCCCCACCGGCUUGCCCCCCACCACCACGGCCAUCUCGGUGGAGUUCACGGCGCUGAGCACCCUCGGUCCCAGCGCCCUGAGAGGGCUGCCCCGGCUGCAGGAGCUCCAUCUCUCCUCCAACCGCCUCGCCACGCUGCCCGCAGCCCUCCUGCGCCCGGUGCCCACCCUGCUCGUCCUCGAUCUGACGGGCAACCUCCUGGCUGACCUCCCCAGCACCAUCUUCACCAGCUCCAGCCACCUCCAGCACCUGGUGCUGCGGCAGAACCGGCUGCGUGCCCUGCGCCCGCCUUGGUUCCAGCCCCUCUCCCGCCUGAGCUGGCUCGACCUGGCUGCCAACGCCUUGGCAGAGCUGCCACCGGCGGUUUUCCACCCUCUGCGAUCCCUGCAGAGCCUGGAUCUGUCCCACAACCGCCUGGCAGCGCUGGCCCUGGGCUCUCUGGCGGGGCUGCGGGCGCUGGAGAGGCUGGACCUGGAGGGGAACGGUCUGGAGACGCUGCCACCCGCCGCCUUCGAGCCCGUGCCCGCCCUGCGCUUCCUCUUCCUGCAGCACAACGAGCUGCGGGCGCUGCCCGCUGCCGUCUUCGCCCCUCUGCACCACCUCCGUGUCCUCGACCUGGCACGGAACCGGCUGCGGGCGCUGGAGCUGCCCCCGCGGCCCCCCGGCCCCGUCUUGGACCUCGACAUCUCGGGCAACCCCUGGGCCUGCAAGUGCCCGCUGCUGGCCCUGCUGCGGUGGGCGGCCCCCCGGCUCCUGGCCGCCCACUGCACCCUCUGUGCCACCCCCACGGCCCUCCGGGGACAGGAGGUGGCCGCCGUGAGCCAGGCUGGGGACAUGGGCUGUGAGCAGCACCUGCCAGAGCACUGAGCGAGGGGCUUGGGGUCACCGCGGGUGCCCGGGGAUGUCACCUCCCUCCCUGACACUCUGUGCCCAGCCUGGGGGAAACUGAGGCAGGGGGACAGGGGCACAGUUGUGCCCAUGCCCAUGGCCCCGGCUCCAUCCCAGUGGCCCCCAUCCCCAUCCCACUGGCUCCUGGCUCCUUCUCACCUGGCUUAGGCUCUCCCAUGUCCCUGUGCCCACCCUGCCUGGCACACAGCCCUGUCCCCAACCCACAGAGCACAUUAAACGUGGUCUCUUGGUGCCACCA